GUGUUUGAUGCUUGUAUACACAAAGGCUGUGCGAACAACAGCCAUUCGCAAACAAGAUGGCUACUCACGCACAUAUGAGCCAUGAAGUCGUUCCUGACGCUUUACCUUAUGUUGAUCAGGGUUAUGAUGAACCAGGUGUUCGUGACAUGGUCAAUGAGCUGAUAGAGGAAGAAGUGAAAAGAUAUCGUCCAACCAAAAAUUACUUGGAAUUUAUGCCAACACCUAAUUACAGUUUGUUUGAGACAAAGUUGAUGAAGCAAGAAUUUGAUAGAAUAUCCAACAGACAGCCCAUGGAACUUCUGAGCAUGAAGAGAUAUGAAUUACCCCAACCAGCUGCUGCUCAGAAAACAGAUCUUUCUGCAUGGUCUGAGUGUUUGAAAAACUCAAUGGCACAGCUUGAGCAUCAAGCUGAAAGGGUAGCCAACUUGGAAUUGUUGUCACAGUAUGGAGCGAAUUCUUGGAGGUGCCAUUGCGAUGUCCUACAACGCAUGUUUGAAGCACAGCAAAGAAAACACGCAGAAAUAAAACGACACAUCCAAGAAAUCAAUUGGGAUCGAAAAACUGUACAGAAAAAAGCUGGAUCUGAAUUACAGAGGUUAGAGGAAAGUUGGAUUGGUUUGGUUAGUAAAAAUUACGAGAUUGAACGAGCUAUCGUGGAAACGGAGAGCGAAGUCGAAGCGUUAAGACAAGAAGUACAAUGAGUUUUCGAUGAAUUAUUUGACCUCAAGUCCAAAGCAAAUGUGGACGUGAAGUGAUAAUAACCUCCGUGGAGAAGAAACAUGAAAUUCAAAGUAAUGGAAACUUAGCUGAGAUCUCGCCAAGUAAUAUAAAAGCAAGAGGAGGAGAGACAUUUUCAUAAUAAACAGAAGUAACUUGUAGACUGUUUUUUUGGAAGUUGUACAAGUAUUUGUAUAGA